GCGCCGUGGGCGGGAGCCGCCGGGCCGCCCUGCGCGGGAGCGGGAAGCGGCCGCUCCGCCCCCGCCCGCCAUGGCGCUGCCGGAGCCGCAGUCCGCCACGCUGGAGCUGGAGCCAGAGCCCGAGCAGCCCUCCCCUCUCAGCCAGCAGCGGCUGCAGGAGUCCACCCCGCCCGGCGCCGCCGCGCUCCCCCGCAGCCCGGGCCGGGCCGGGCGCCGCGCGGAGCCGGAGCUGCGCGUGCUGCUGACGCCGCUGCGCGCGGGCCGGCGGCUCCCGCAGAAGCGGCUGCUGAGCGGAGGCGGAACGGGCGGGAAGCGGCUCCGCCUGGAGCGACCCCCGGAAACCGGCCCGGGAUCCCCGGCGGACAGCGGCUCGGACGGCGCCGGGGACGGGGAUGGGGACGGGGACAGCGACGGGAGCGACGCGGGGGACGCUGCGCGGGAUGGAUACUCACAGUUAUCGGCUUAUGAAAGGAAGAGACUAAAGAACAUUACAGAAAACGCAAAAUUUUUUGCAGCUUUAAAGCUGCACGAGUCAGCUGCAAGACUUUACCAGAUUGCAUCUAGAAAACAACCUAAUGUCACCAAAAGAGCAAAGCCUAAGAAGGCAGAAGACGAGCCGGUGCGGCGGAGAUCCAUGCGGCUGCAGAGAGUGGAGCCGUCGGGAAUCCCGGUGCCGGAGCCCGAGGCAGAGGAAUUGCCGCGCGUUCCAGCCGGCCCUGUGCCAAUGGUGCCAGAGGAUCAGGAGAGCAGCAAACUGACACAGGAGCUAUUGGCCACAUGGAUGAGGAUAAGCGAGAUGAAAGCUAAUGGUACGGAAAAGCUCACGUGUGACAUGAAAAGGUACCAGGACAGCCUGAGCAGCAUGGUCCUGAGCGAGGAGAACAUCAGGAAGGUGGUGAAGUACCGAGUGUGCUCCAUGGCCAUCCACCCUUCCCAGAGCAUCGUCCUUGUGGCAGCUGGCGACAAGUCGGGGCAGGUCGGCCUCUGGAACGUGGACGGUGAGUCCGCGGGCGCGUGCGUGUUCGUCCCGCACAGCUCCAUGGUGAGCUGCAUGCACUUCUCCCCCUGGCACCCCGCACACCUGCUGUCCCUGAGCUAUGACACCCUGCGCUGCGGGGACGUCACCAGGGCCGUCUUUGACGAGAUCUGCAGAAGCGAGGAUGACAACUUCUCCUCCUUUGACUUCUUGGAUGAUAAUGGGUCCACGGCAGUCGUGGGACACUGGGCUGGCGAUGUGGCUGUUGUGGACAUACGGACCCCAGGAAUGUCUCCACAGCUUUCUGCAGACAUCGGCUUCAAAAGAACGAGGACGGUCCAUGUUCACCCAGUGAACAAACAGUAUUUUAUGGCUGCUGGCUCAGUGGAUGUUUGUAUUUAUGACGUCCGGUACCUGAAGUCCAAGGGGAACAAGCCAGUGAGCUCUCUGAAAGGACACACCAAAAGUGUCGCUUCCGCCUAUUUCUCACCUGUGACUGGGAACAGAGUCGUGACCGUGUGUGCAGAUGAUAAGCUCAGGGUCUAUGACACCAGCUCUCUGUCCUCGACACUCGCAGCUCUCAGCACUGUCAGCCACAACUGCAACACGGGCCGCUGGCUGACACGGUUCCGCGCGGUGUGGGACCCCAAGCAGGAGCGGUGCUUCGCGGUGGGCAGCAUGGCGCGGCCGCGGCAGGUCCAGCUCUUCCGCGACACCGGGGCGCUGCUGCACACCUUCUGCAACCCCGACUGCCUGGGCUCCGUCUGCUCCAUCAACGUCCUGCAUCCCACCAGGAACAUCCUCGUGGGCGGCAACUCCAGCGGCCGCCUUCAUGUCUUCAAAGAAUAAAAGAAAGGGGCUUGGAUUUUUUUUUUUUAGGGUUUUUGGUUUUUUUGUGUUUUUUUUUUUUUGUGUGAAAUUUGUUUAGUCCAUAGUGAGCUGUUCCUAACCUGAGCCUGUUUUCUCAGGAUGAAAAUGUAUUUUGGAAGCUUUAAAAUAAAUCUUCUAAACAACA